AUGCUUAUUGAAGAUGAAGACAAUAGUAGUCAUCUUCACCAUUUUGAUUGUCAUAGCCCUGGCGCUGUUUAUUUACUUCGUUAUUUAGGGGUCGAUGGGGAAUGUGGACGGAGGAGGGGAGUAUGGUCUGAGGGGUGUGUUGAGGAGGCUGACAAAGGAAAGAGAAGUGAGGAGGGGGAACUCCCAAUUUGCAAAGACAAUGAGGUGGUAAAGGAUCCGUCGGAAGGGAUAGAGGCAAAGUUCAAGUCGGGACUUCCUCACGGGGAGGGUAGAAACCAUGUGGAUAUACGCGGUAGAGGAAGGGGCAACACCCUGGAGGCGAACCAGCUGGACCUGAUAUUUCACGAAUCGGUGAAGGCCAUUUAUGAAGGCACCAAUGUGCACGUGGAAAUUCCAACAAUAGCGCGCUGUGCAAAAAUGUGUGAUACGACGUGCCAUUUGGUAGAGAAGAACCAAGCGAGGGAAACGCACUCUAACGAUGUAUACAUGGGCAGGAUUGAUAUGAAGGAGAUCACGAACCAGGUGAACUGUCCACACAGAAUUGAAAACUUGAAAAACUUUUUGAGGGAGCGCCUUGAAAAUGUGAACCAAAGGAAUAGUGAUCUCUUUAUGCAAACUAUGAGCAGCAUCGGUGAGAUCCUGAAUUAUAACUUUUCGAGCAUAUGUCGGAAUGGGCGUGAGUUGGACCCUGUUUCGUUCGCCUGGCAUGACUCGUUUGUGGGGCAUGCCAGUCUGCUUAACACGGGGGGGAUUACCGGACCAGGGGGCACCCCAAAUGUCAUACAAAGGAAUAGACAAAAGGGAGAAAAGACCCAACUGAAGGAACUCCCAUCGUUAGCAUCGUCAUGCCCCCCCAAUAUUUAUGAUAAGCUGAAAAAUAUCAGAUGCGUAGAGCAACCAGGGCUUACAUACAAGUAUGUGUACCCGCCAAAGUAUAACCCAGACCUCACAAGGGAAGUGAAAGUAUCCAAAGGAAGCAUCCUGUUUAAUGCAAAAUUUGAAAGCGCAAACUUGCAGUACGUGUUGAAGGAAAAGAACAAAGAAGUCUAUUCUAUAUUUUUAAAUAACGACAUAAGAUCGAACGAGAAGAAGAACCAAUGGUUCUACUUCAGCGCAAGUUAUGUCCCCGAACAUUACUACCAGAGUGACUACUUUGAGGAAAAAAAAAAAAAAAAAAACGAACAAAAAUGUACAGAUAGUAUUGUUAAUGAAAUAAAUAGAGAUGCCCAUCUGGAAAACAGCGACGGUUUGAAAGUUUCUUUCGAUUUUUCCGAUUUGUUUGUAGUUAGUAAUGUGAAGAAACUGGAGAAGCCUUUUUCGGUUAAAUUUAAAAUAGAGAAUAUGUCUAGGCCUUAUUUUUUGUACAAAGAGGGACACUCUCCUUUGGUUUUCUCCGAGGGUAGAUGUAUGAAGGAAAAUGUGCACUGGGAGAGAGCAGCCUACAAUGUUACCUACACGAGAAACGACAACCCGAAACAUUUUAAUAUAAAAACGAAUACCUUUGAAAGGCUAUCUUAUUGCACCUACAUACUAGAAUUUUCCUACGAUUUUCUCUACCCCUACGAUACGGUUUAUUUCGCUAGCUCCCUUCCGUACUCCUAUUCCUACCUUUUGCACUACCUGGGGUUGCUAAAAAGUCACGUGCAGACUUUGCAGGGGGAGAAAAGAAUUAACUACGUGCAGGGUACCUUAUGCACGACGGCUUGUGGGUUCGCCUGCCCGGUUAUAGCCAUCACGAAUUACGACAAGGUGGGGGAAGCAACGGAGGAAUCGUCUCCUAAUGGGGACAGUUAUGACGGAGGUGCAGAGAACACUGUGGGGAACGACGUAGGGUCAUCUGACAUUGAAGGGUCGUCGCAUCGGAGCAGCGUUCCCGGGGAAGCAGACCAAGCAAAGCAGCUCCAUUCUGUUGGAAGUAUUGGUAUGCCCCCAGGGGAAAAUCCCAACCUGGUAGAUGCCACGAAUGAGGCCCCGUGCCAGUGCUGCGGGGGAUACACAUAUAUUAACGACGCAAAGUGCAUGUACGAUUUGUGCCAUCCCAGGGAAAGGAGUCCCCGAAAAUGUUGCAACGAAUUUAUGCGCCAGUUUGAGCAGCUGCUAGAGAGGCAUUCCAUGCAUUCGUUAAAUCACGAUGGAGGAAAGCGCCCGUACAGGUCAGCGGUGUCACCUUGUUUAAGUGGGUCUACCAAUGUGUUGACUCCCUCACCUGCGGGGGAAGCAACCAUCCAGUCGCCACGGGAGGAGAAGAAAAUAAUUUUUCUAACCGCACGAGUGCACCCUGGGGAAACGAACGCCAGCUACGUCAUGCAUGGAUUUCUCUCCUUUAUCACGUCGGACAAUGCAUACGCUGAUGCGCUUCGCAAUAAUUUUAUUUUUAUUAUUAUACCGAUGCUGAAUGUGGAUGGGGUGAUUCUUGGACAUAAUAGACUCUGCUCGAAUGGGUUCGAUCUAAACAGACAGUGGAAUAGACCAAUCUAUUAUCUGCAACAAACGGUGCACACGGCAAAGUCUCUCAUAAGAAGAAUUCACAGGAAUGGAAGAAUUGUCUUCUUCUGUGAUUUCCAUGGGCACUCAAGAAAGUAUAAUUGUUUUUUAUUUGGCAAUUCAGAUAGUAAGGCUCAUCUAAGGGGUAGAAAACUGGCUGAAAUUUUCCCUCACCUUUUGGGACCAUCACUUCCCUGGUUUUCCCUGGAGGAUACAAAGUUCAAAGGGGAAAAUCUAAACAGGGGCGUAGCAAGGCAUGUAUGUGGAAGCGAGUUCGGUAUCGAUUGCAGUUACACGUUUGAAGUGUCCCUCAUAGGGGUCAAAAUGGAGGGCAGCUCUAAUGGGUUGCUCCCCGAGGGGGGAAGUACCAACGGGGGAGGUGAACCGACUAAAUCGAUUAAACCGAUUAAACCGAUUAAACCGAUUAAACAGAUUGAUGUGAGUGCAGCUGAUGAAGGAGAAGAACGUCCCACCUCUAACCAUGCACAGAAGUACGACUUUUUUUUUUAUGACGAGAAUAUCUUGAUGCUCACAGGAAUCAGCUUUGGAAUAAGUCUUUUCAAAUUUUUCAAUUUUGUGUCCCACCAUAAGGCGUCCAUAUCGGAGGGGGAACAAGUCUUCCAGGGGGAGGACCAGAAGAAGAAACAGAAAAUGGCUAACGAAAAUGGGAACUCAGAUAUGCCCCCUUCACGUUUUAAACCCAACGGUAGGGUGUAUCUUGGUGGCCAGUUACCAUGCCACAGGAGUGGUCUGAAAAUGUCCGGAGGGAAGAAGAAAGGAGAGAUUGCAAAGGAGGCAAGUUUGAAAGAGGUCGUACCAUUGGGCAAUGACCCGGUGGAACCCACUGCAUAUGUGAAGAACCACCCUGAUGGGGGAGACACCUUAGAAGGUGAUAGUCUGAGUUGUAAGACUUAUGAGGUGAAGGGGAAUGGAAACUGUAACAAACGUUGUGGAGAGAUCGAAGGGCACCUCCGAAAGGACGUUGCGAAAAGUGAUGCGAGCACGGGGAAGGACCAUCGAUCGGUUAAAGAGAAGGCUCUAUCCAACCGAAAGAAAGAGGGAAAGGCGAAAGCAAAAAAUGACGUAAAAGAAAGUCAUGUGCAGGAGGGAACCAAGGGGAAGCCGCACAACAGGGCAUCCGUUAGGAAGGUACCAACCUGCUCGAUGAAGAAAAAGCGGUGGGUAAAACUGCUCCCAAGGAAGAACCCUUUUUUUUGUUCCCUAAAUGGGAAAAUAUCUGCCCGUUCGAAUGGUAGGCGAAGAUUAUUGGUAAGGGUGUGUCGCAUCCCCGGGAAUGGGGACAGUGCAUCGAAGAAGGAACGGCGUGGCAAAUUAUCCAGUGAUGCGAAUUACAGAAGUAGACGUAGAAUAAGGCACCCCUGCUUAGAGGAGGACGUGAAAGCAGACAUAUGUGAAGAAUUACAACCCUGUGGGGAGAAGAUCCACAGUUACGAUCCCCAACUUGGAGGAAAAAAAACAUCUUCAGGACAUCCCCAUGGGAAGCUUCCCCGUGAGAGGAAGAGGCCACUUCGUAUUACCAGGAGAAAGCUCGUCAUGAUUAAGAAGGUGAACUCCGUGAAGGGGAGAAAAGUAAAUGGUCAGCAAGCGAAGCAAACAAAAAAGGAGGAAAAAAAAAGCGCCGGUUUGUGUUUGAACCAUGGAGGAUUAAGACGGGAGUAUUUGAUUUGCUUAAAAAGGAAAAAAUUGAAAAGGGGGUUGAGAUUAAUUAAGUUGCUCAGGCGGAAAGUGAAGCCAUCGGGGGUGUCACGUUCAUCAGACGGCGUAGUGGGAGAAGCGAAGAGAAAAAAAAAGAAGAAAAGAAAAAGUGAUCCAGGAAAAGGCGUAUCUAUGAACCCCGUUGUGAAUGAGAAGAGGGAGGGGUAA